AUGGCUACAUCAUUUUCCGUGAGCUUAUUGAAAUUUUCCCAGAACCCAAACACUACUACUACUACUACCACUACAAACACUCUUUCCUUUCUCCAACCCAAUCAUUAUUUUUCUUUUAGACCCACAAAUCCUUAUCUCCCUCGCUUUUUUACCACCAAUGACAAUGGCAAUGCCUCUUUCGACAAUUCCCACCCUCGCUUCUCCCGCUCCCACGGUCUCUCCUCACUCCCUCUUUCCACCAACCAUUACGAGUUCUUUGAUAAUUCUUCUGAGGUGGAACUGAGGGUACAUUUAAAGGACCAAAAUGUUCGAAGUUCCAAAGAUGUUUUUGUGGAUGCAAAUGAAACCUCUUUAACAAUCAGAGCACUGAAUUCUGGGUCUCCUACCACACUAAUUGAAACUAAUCGUCUGUUUGACAGAGUAAAGCCUGCAGAAACAAUCUGGUUGAUAGAUGAUGAUCAGCUGGUUGUAAUCUUGAAGAAGCAGGAUCCAGAUUUAAAAUGGCCUGACAUUAUGGAGUCCUGGGAAUCCUUGACAGUGGGAUCUUCACAACUUUUGAAAGGAGCUUCAAUCUACAUUGUUGGGGAGUCAACAAAUAUCAACCAGCAAGUGGCUAAGGAACUUGCAGUGGGUAUUGGGUAUACACCAUUUAGUACGAAGGAGCUGUUGGAAAAUUUUUCCAAGCAAACUAUUGAUUCAUGGGUUCUUUCUGAAGGCAGUGACUCUGUAGCUGAAGCAGAAAGUGCUAUAUUAGAAAGUUUAAGCAGCCAUGUUCGGACUGUUGUUGCAACACUGGGAGGACAGCAGGGAACAUCUCGAAGGGCUGAUAAAUGGCGACAUUUGCAUGCAGGAUUUACUGUGUGGUUGUCGCAAACUGAAGCUAUAGAUGAAGAAUCAGCAAAAGAAGAAGCCAAGAAACACGUUCAAGAUGGUGGAUCAGGUUACUCAAAAGCAGAUGUUGUCGUCAAGUUCCAGGGCUGUGAUACAGAUCAUCAUGCCAAAAGUUUGGCUCAGGCAUGCUUGAGUGCCCUCAAACAAUUAAUUCUAGCUGACAAGAAGCUCCCAGGUAAGAAGAGCCUGUACAUAAGGUUAGGAUGCCGUGGCGAUUGGCCGAACAUUAAGCCUCCUGGUUGGGAUCCAUCAUCGGCUGGAGAUGGAGUAUCUCCUGCUACAUUGUAAUGAAGAGUUAAAUGACUUGAGUUGGGAAAUCUACCAUGCACAGUUGAGCUUUCAUUUCCACACAUACAUUAGUUGUUCUGUAACAGUCAACAUAUUUUUCUUAUUAUUAUUAGUAGUUUCCGACAUUAACUAA